AUGGAUUCCGAGGGUGAUGUGGUGUACGGAUCAGCAAUCUACCUCAACAACCCGGUGCAUAUUGCUUUACACGCAGCUCAGAAUCACUCUAAAUCCUGCGAUGUACGAAGCGAGGUGACGCUGGGGACGACAUCACGCGCCAAUAUGGGCUACUUUCGCAACGGUCAAGCAUAUGCUAUCCUGGAAUACAAGAAACCCGGAGCCGUCUCGAAACGCUGCGCUCGGGACGAAUUCGAGCGUGGAGUUCCCAGAGACCCGAAAAUGUUCGCCGCGUGGAUGUUGAGUGGGGAGCAAAGAUUCAUGCGGGACGUCCGUGGUGCGGAAGAUGCUCGUUUCUUGCUACAGCAAGCAGUGCACUACCAGAAAAACUAUGGAGCUCGUUUUGUGGCCCUCUUCGACUGGAAUUCUCUUGUUCUUCUGGUCCUCCCGCCGUGCCGAGGCGUUGGGCUGAAUGACCGUGUUGCUUAUGCAUACAUCACCGAAGUCACCGAUAAUCGAAAAUUCCGUCGAGCCUUACUUGGAUUCCUUCUGUUUUCGUACCGAAACAGUAUUGGUGGACAGUCUAGCGAACUAUGGAGGAUACAGCCGGAUGUCUUUCCCGCUUAUGCCGAAGCAUAUCGACGCGCCGCGGAAGACGCGAAACGCAAUAGGUCGCAGUUCAGCGCUGGAAGGGGCAGAAUGGGCAAUCAACACCCAUCUGCUGUGGCGAAUCGAUCCAGGCACCAACAAGCCAGCGGUCAUUCCAUUCCAGACGGUCGGAGUACAGGCAGGGGCCCAAUGCCACAUCGUCCUGUCGAUCCACGCACGAAUACAUAUACGACAGCAAGUUCGACUUACUCCAACGACACUAACUCUACUGUGAUCCACACCUACAUUACUCUACCCGGCCGUAACGACACGAAGAGCCCCGGAGGAGGAUAA